AUGGAUUCUCCGGAGAAUCAGCUGAUCUCAGACUACUUCCAUUCUGGGAUGAGUAAAGAGAUUGAAGAGAAUGAGAAAGCUAUUCCUAGAAUGGAAUCAGCAUGCGGCAAAUCAUUCAAUAAAGAGGAUGACCUGGAGAACCAUAUAGCAAACCGUCACAAGGACCUGUUCGAACCUGAAGAUUUCUCCGUCUGCCUGGCAGACUACUGUGAUAUCCUACGCUGCUCAACCCAGAGAUCAGUCAGAAGGAGACCCUGGACAUACAGACCUCAACACGAUCUACAGACAUUCCAGGUUGCCAAAGCUCCCUCUAAAGAGCUUGUUGCUCUUCUUGAAAGCAGCGAGUCCUUCUCUUCUCCUGCAACCUUGAGACAAACCCGAUCCUGCCGGGACGGAUCCUGCAGGGAUGGAUCAUGUCAGGACGGAUCAUGUCAAGGCGGAUCCUGCAAAGAUGGAUCCUGCCGUGGAUUUCAUGAGUCAGGAUCAACUGAAAUCAAAUCUUCAAAAACUGUUUCUCGUCUCUCUGAGAACUCAACGGAAUGUUUGAGCUGCUCUGUGGCACCGCCGCGCUGUGAUCGGAAUAAAAUGCGGGAAAUGAAGGAGAAAUGUGUAAAGCUAAUCGAUACCUGUGUAAACCACAUGAGCUUAUUUCUCUCUGAUGCUAAGUUUGAGGAGCUGAGAGAGAGGAUGAGUAGUCGGGUUUGCUGGUAUCUUACUUGUGAAAGAUACUGGGACAACCAGCAGAGAAGACGACAUUCACAACCAACUGGACUUUUCAUCGUCUUCAUUGCAGUGGCUGUGAUCUAUUUUACCUUUAGUUAUUACAUCGUCUGGGGCUGCUUUUGAUAGUUCGUGUCUGAAGUAUUAAAAAAAUAGAUAAUUUGGUGUUA